AUGGCUGAGAGAUUUAAGGAUAGCAUGAUCCAUAGUACGAGAUGUCCUUCAUGUCAAAUUCCCAACACUGACCCCAAGGUCCUGUCUUGUUCUCACAUCUACUGUAAUGCCUGUGUAGAAAAACUCAUUGAAGACCGUGAAAGUAACCUCAGCAUUCAGUGCACUGCUUGCCAAGGAGAAACCCUGAUCUCGGAUAUACAAGAUGCCAGUAAACUACCGUCAGCUAUAGCGUUUAAAAAUGUUACGUACCAGAAAUGCAAGAAACACCCAGGAGAAGAUAAGGAGUGCUUCUGCUUGAACUGUAGGAUAUUUGUUUGCUACAAGUGUGUCGUCGAAUAUCACAAAGGGGAAAGUCAUGAAAUAAUUGGAUCAGCUGACUAUGAAAGCAACCACAUCCAGAGUAUCAAAGUCUUGAGAUCGGCAGUAGCCUGCAAAAGUUCUCGCUUUCAGAAGUAUGUUGAUUACAUUGAUGAAGAGAAGAGACGUGUGAAGAAUGCUCAGAAGAAAUGUGAAGGUGAAAUCAGCGAAGCAUAUGAUGACUUGGCCAAACAGUUGGCAGAUAGGAAAAAGGAGCUCAUUAAGGAAGCCAGGGAUAGGACUGAAGGAGUAGAGAAAGAGCUGGAGGCAAUGAAGAAUUCGGCACUGCAAUAUAUCAGUCAGUUGAAAACCGAUGCUGAUAUGGUAACCAAUAGGCCAGAGGUACCCUUCGAUAUAGAUAGUUUGGCCAUACAUGAAACUCUGUGUGAAGACUUACAGGAGACAUUAAAUCAAGAAGAUCCUGACUAUGAACAGUCAAUGAAAUCAAGUAAGAAAGGGAAGAAUAUCCAUUUUAUGAGAGGCAUUGAAGAGGACAAGCUAGUAAUUGGUAAUAUUGGUAAUUCAGUUGGAAUUUGGUGUGACUUGCCUACAAAAAAUAGCAUGAAUGCCAUGGCUAGGGCACCAGAUGGUAUGAUGGCAGUGGGAUGUUCAACAGGUGGUAUAGAGAUCUUUUCUGCUGAUGGUGACCACCAGCAGUCAGUUCUCAAAGAUGUUGCCAUUAAGGGAUUAGAUUUCCUAUCUGAUAAUAGAUGUGUUGUACUUGAUGUUUUAAACAACAUCACACUGUACACACCAGAGUACACAAAGAUGAAUGUAAUAUUCAACACUCUUGAUGAUGUAGAAGAUGGAAUGGGAAACCUCACUGUUGACGGUGAUGAUCGGAUCUAUGUAGCCUAUGAGAAAGCCAAGAAGAUCCAGGUAUUCUCGUCAGAAGGGACUAUGGAAGCAGAGAUACCGUGUCGUGGAUACGGACCAAAUGAAAUCAGAAGUUACAAUGAUUCACUAAUCCUUUCAUCACAGUUCUUUAAUAACAGAGUGCGAUUAAUUGAUAAGCAAGGUGUUGUGAAACAUACAUACAAGACAUUUAUUGAAGACCUGUACCUUGCUGUAUCUCAGCGGAAUACAAUCCUGAUUGCCAAAGUGAAUCACGAGACGUGUAUUGUGAGCAUUGGUGAGUACACAAACGAGCUUAAGUGUAUUGGGUACCUUGUUGAAAAUCGAAAGUUCGAGAAGCCUGAGAGACAGUGGUAUUGCCUCCAUCAGUAUCGAUCAGGAGAGCUCGCUUUCUGCACCACUGACAGAUUAUAUAUAUUUUACUGA